AUGAAUGAUCAAUAUUUGUCUAUAGAAAAUAAGAAUCAAAAGAGUUUAAGUUUACCUCCAUCACCAGUACUUUCAACUAGGGAGCAGUUUAGUUUAGCAUCUAGAUCACAACAGAGUAGUCCUUGUAUAGUUUCACAGCAAAAAGCAAAGGAGUUGUUAACUCACUUUCAAUCGAAAAAUAAAACCAAUACAAGCAAUCACCAAGAUUCAGAAACUAUAAAAAUAAAUAAAGAAGAGGCGAUAAUAAUAGAGACCAAUAAAAAUACAUCACCAAAAAUAAAUAAUCAACAAACAACACCAAAUAGUUCAAAAAUAAUAAAUAAAGUCAUAGAAAGAAAUAAGCAAUCACUAUCACCUUUAAUUAUAAGUGAAGGCAAUCCAAAUUUAAAUGCAUCUCAUCAAAAUAUAAUAAAUAAUAAUAAUGUACAUAUAAACAAUGCAGGUACUCAAUCAUUUGAUAUUGAAAUGAGUACUAUCAAUACAUUAACAGAAUCAAAUGAUAGUAGUAAUAAUAAUAAUAAUAGUAACAAUGGUGAUAUAAUAUCAAAUGGUAAUGUAGUUACAGAGGUUAUAGAUGCCAAUAACAUCAGUAAUAACAACAAUGGUGAACAAACCCAACAGCAAAGCGAGGUCACAUUUGAGCAAAGGGUUAGAGAGGAAAGAUUAAAUGUUUUAAGAAUUCGUAUACAGAAUGAAACUUUGUUUAAAAACUACACAAAACUAAAUACAGCAUAUGGGUUGCUUGGAAUUUUAACUGUAUUUUCAACUGUAUUUUUAUUCGUCAAAGGUUUUGAAAAGAAUCCAAAUAAUCAUAUUCUUUAUGUAGGAAUUGCUCUUAGUACUCUUGGUUUCAUUGUUAUUAAUCAUUCAAUUCACAUAGCCUAUCGUAGAUCAAGGAGAAAUAUCGAUGUAUUACAACAGGAAUUUGUCAGAGUUCAUGACAAUACUGAAAAUACAAAUAACAAUAAUGUAGAUCCCUCAACUAUACCCUCAAAAUUGGAAAAAUGUACAAUAGGUAUUUUAUCAUCCCCAAAUUUUGAAAAACCCCCAUCAACUCCUAGAAUGCAUGGCUUCAGUCCAAUAUUUAAUAAAAUAACUACAUCACCUAUUUUCAAUAGAAAUAAUAAUACAUCACCAAAAAUAAAUUCAAAUAAUAAUGUUAACGAUAAUAAUAAUAAUAAUAAUAAUAAUUUAAACGAUAUUAUAACAUCAACUAAUCAAGAUUUAAAUAAUACUACAUUACCAUCAAAUCAAAUCGAUAUUACCACUAAUAUUCCCGAAAUAGUUUCUAAUUAGGGUUAAAAUUUUACAAAUAAAUUAAAAUUUUUUUUUUUUAUUACUUU